GGGGCGGUCGGGGAGGCCACGUCAACAUCGGGCUCUGCUCUCAAGCCGGGCAGUGUAUGGUGGGAGUCAAGAUGGCGGCGGCCGCAGCAGCCAGUAUUCGAGAGAGACAAACAGUGGCUUUGAAGCGUAUGUUGAAUUUUAAUGUGCCUCAUAUUAAAAACAGCACUGGAGAACCAGUAUGGAAGGUGCUCAUUUAUGACAGAUUUGGCCAAGAUAUCAUCUCUCCUCUGCUAUCUGUGAAGGAGCUGAGAGACAUGGGAAUCACUCUGCAUCUAUUUCCAAAACUAGAUAAGAAACUUCGGGAAAAUCUGAGAGAUGCAAGAAACAGUCUUUUUACAGGUGACACACUUGGAGCUGGCCAGUUCAGCUUCCAAAGGCCUUUAUUAGUCCUUGUUGACAGAAACAUAGAUUUGGCAACUCCUUUACACCAUACUUGGACAUAUCAAGCCUUGGUGCAUGACGUACUGGAUUUCCACUUGAACAGAGUUAAUUUGGAAGAGUCUUCAGGAGUGGAGAAUUCCCCAGCUGGUGCUAGACCAAAGAGAAAAAACAAGAAGUCUUAUGAUUUAACUCCAGCUGAUAAAUUUUGGCAGAAACAUAAAGGAAGUCCAUUCCCAGAAGUUGCAGAAUCAGUUCAGCAAGAACUAGAGUCUUACAGAGCACAGGAAGAUGAGGUUAAACGACUUAAAAGCAUUAUGGGACUAGAAGGGGAAGAUGAAGGAGCCAUAAGUAUGCUGUCUGACAAUACUGCUAAGUUAACAUCAGCCGUUAGUUCUUUGCCAGAACUCCUUGAAAAAAAAAGACUUAUUGAUCUCCAUACAAAUGUUGCCACUGCUGUUUUAGAACAUAUAAAGGCAAGAAAAUUGGAUGUAUAUUUUGAAUAUGAAGAAAAAAUAAUGAGCAAAACUACUCUGGAUAAAUCUCUUCUAGAUAUAAUAUCAGACCCUGAUGCAGGAACUCCAGAAGAUAAAAUGCGGCUGUUUCUUAUCUAUUACAUAAGUGCACAACAAGCACCUUCUGAGGCUGAUUUGGAGCAAUACAAAAAAGCUUUAACUGAUGCUGGAUGCAACCUUAAUCCCUUACAAUAUAUCAAACAGUGGAAGGCGUUUGCCAAGAUGGCUUCAGCUCCUACCAGCUAUGGCAACACUACCACUAAACCAAUGGGUCUCUUAUCACGAGUCAUGAAUACAGGAUCACAAUUUGUGAUGGAAGGAGUGAAGAACCUGGUAUUGAAACAGCAAAAUCUACCUGUUACUCGUAUUUUAGACAAUCUCAUGGAGAUGAAGUCAAACCCUGAAACUGAUGACUAUAGAUAUUUUGAUCCCAAAAUGCUGCGGGGCAAUGACAGCUCAGUUCCAAGGAACAAAAAUCCAUUCCAAGAGGCAAUUGUUUUUGUGGUGGGAGGAGGCAACUACAUUGAAUAUCAAAAUCUUGUUGACUACAUAAAGGGGAAACAAGGCAAGCACAUCUUAUAUGGCUGCAGUGAACUUUUUAAUGCUACACAGUUCAUAAAACAGCUGUCACAACUUGGACAAAAAUAACACAGAAGAACCUUAACAUGAGAAUCUAUUUAGAACUUGGAUAAAUGUAAAAAGUCAAAAGAUCCAGAUGUUUCCUUUCUUCAUAUCAAUGUCCAAACAGUGAAACUUAGAGUUAUUUGUUAAUUUUUAAGGAAAUUCUAUACUUAAUAUAAUGUGUACUGAUUAAAACAAUGAAGCAUUUCAGAAAUAAAUUUUAACAUUGUA